GAGUCCGUUAAGAUGGCGGAAGUGCGCAUGAGGCAGCGGCAGAAGGGGCAGCAGUUCCCGGCGCCAGAAUUAGAAUCCUUCCUAAUCGCCUACGGCGACGACCUCAACCCCCUACCAACCACGAUCCGCGUCCUCGACGAAAUCGUCACCGACUACAUCAUCGAAACAUGCCACGAAGCCGCCGCGGUAGCACACCACGCGCGUCGCCAGAAAAUCAAGCUCGACGACUUCAAGUUCAUGCUGAGGAGGGAUGCGGCCAAGUUGGGGAGGGUGAGCGAGAUCCUGGAGACGGAUAAGGAGUUGAAGAGGAAGAGGAAGGCUUUUGAUACUGAUGAGGGGGCCGUUGUAGCGAAAGGCGGUGGCGCUGGGGUUGACGGGGAUGAUGGCGGGGAUGGGGCGGUGGAGAAGGAGAAGGGGAAGGGGAGGGAGAAGGAUAGGGAGGGCGGGAAGGAGGAUGGGGAGCGGAAGAGGAGGAAGAAGAAGAGGGGCGAGAAGGGGGAUGGUGCGAGUGUGAGGAGUGGAUGAGCAGGCUGCUGUGUGUGUGGACUAGAGAUGUGCGAGAUUGGUUUAAUCGGGGAUUGUAAUCUGUGCGGGUCAUGGACACUGAGGAAAAAUUGAGGGAAAAUGAGGGAUCAUGGGAGCAUUAUAUCAAUGGGAACAUUCAUGAGGCGUUCAGGAUGGUGGGUGGAUCGGUCAACAUCAAAUCAUGUCUUCUUUCUUGUGUUUUUUGACUUUUUUUUCUCAAUUCGUCCUCACUGUACUGUGUGACAACCCAUGCAUGAUAAUUCAUAUCUUCGUGGCAAACACCAUACAACCUUCCACACCGCAUCUUCCUCUCUUGCCGAGCCCUAUCUCUUCGUCCGCCUCGUCACCUAC